CUGACUCCAAGAGCAGGAAGUCGCACUCUCGUCUCUCAGAUAGGGAAAGCGAAAAAAGAGGAGUGAUCAGUGAGGUGUCAUAAAUAUAUUCCAUUACAACAACAAUGGCACAACGGACGGUAUGACAAAGUCGUUUUGGUAACACUAGCUAGGUAAUCACUUUCCUAGUUCUGGCGCUUUUUCGUAGGAGACUCCCUGCAAAGAAGCGUGAGAAGUUAUUAUUAGGGAGAAAUGGCGGACGGCGGAGGCUUCGAGUUGGGUGAUGUUGUCGACCCACCCAUUGCGCCGAAUAUCAUCUGUCCCCUUGUCACGGUUUCUGACCUACCCAGCCCGACAGCUGCAGGCCGUAACCUGAAGGAAUGGCUGCAGGAGCAGUUCAAUAAAAAGCCUGAAGAGCAGAGUGAGGACGCGCUGCUCCACAACGCUGCUUACGUAGGAGACCUGGAUACUCUAAGGAACCUGCUGCAGGAGGACAGCUUCAGAGAGCGGAUCAACGAGAAGUCUGUAUGGUGCUGUGGUUGGCUGCCCUGCACCCCUCUGCGCAUCGCUGCCACAGCCGGUCAAGGGGCCUGUGUGGCCUACCUGAUAGGCCAGGGGGCCAAGGUGGACCUAGUGGAUGUGAAGGGUCAGACUGCACUCUACGUGGCGGUGGUCAACGGACACCUGGACUGUGUGACCAUCCUCCUGGAAGCUGGAGCUGACCCCAACGGCAGCCGCCACCACCGCAGCACUCCCGUCUAUCACGCUGCACGGGUAGGCAGGGUGGACAUACUCCAAGAGCUCAUCAGGUUCCAUGCUGACGUGGAUGUGGACCACCAGCUGGGCGCCAGGCCCCCGUUUGGUGCGGCCCGCACCCUCACCACACUGGUGGUGUGCCCGCUCUACAUCAGCGCCGCCUACCGCCACCUCCACUGCUUCAGCCUGCUCCUGGCGGCCGGCGCCCAGCCGGACUACAACUACAAUGGACCAGUGAGCCGCGAAGCGCUAGCAAAGGGUUUGGCCUCCUGCCUGCUGGAUGCGGUGCUGAGACACGGCUGUGAGGCGGCGUUCGUCAGACUGCUGCUAGACCACGGUGCCGAGCCCAGCCUGGUACCCUGGGAGCAGCCCCAACGAGAGGGAGCGACCGCCGGGGGCCGAGAGAGGGUUGACCCCGAAGCCCUGCAGCUCUACUUGGAGGCCAGGAGAUGUCCUCAUAGGCUGACCUACCAAAGUCGGAUCAGUAUUAGGAAAGUGAUGGGGAAGCAUCGGCUAAAACACAUCCCUUCUCUACCGCUCCCGGACCCCAUUCAGAACUUCCUGCUUCACCAGAACUGACUCUGGCAGGCCUUGCCUUUGAUUAUUGUUAUGCUGUUAUGAACAGUGACGGACUUACCAUUAGGCAGAAGAGGCAAUUGCCUCAGGCUUCACAUCAUAAUCAAGGGGCCUCAUGAGCUGGGCAUAAUUUAAACAAAUAAAACUAGUCAUCUUUUUGUUUAUUUCUCAGCUUGGGCUGUUGAGGCCCCUUGAUUUCUCAGCUUGGCCCCUUGAUUUCUCAGCUUGGCCCCUUUAUUUCUCAGCUUGGGCUGUUGAGCCCCCCCCAUUCUCUGCUCAAAGGCUGGACUGCUCAGUAGGUUGGUUCAGCAGCAGCAAAAUCUGCAGGAAGCUUCAAAGUUGCAAACAAAAUGGGGAAGGGUUUCUUUGCCUGGUAAUGAGGCCACAUGGUUGUCAAAAAUACCUCCCAAAAA